UGAUAGAAAAAUUUUCCAUACGAGCUAGUAAUGCGUACGCAAGUAUGCCUGGCCUCUGAAGCCUUCAAGUACAUAAUAAUCUGGGGACCAAAGGCGAGACCAAGGUAUCCUUGCUUUGAGGUAACGCUAGCGUCGCAUUUUCCAUGAACUCUUUCGAUUUUGUUUUGAGGAGGAAAGUUUCCUAGUACGCAUAGCAAAGGUUAAAAAGAAACAAUACAACUUGUAGAAGCUGCAACUUAGUUAGCUAGCUACCUAUUUAAACCAAUUUCUUCACCGCAAACUGCAAAGACAUUUACUUCCUUCUUCCUCAACUCAAAUUCCUUCUCAAUCUUUUCUCAUAGCCGUCGCUGUUCAUUAUAUACGGAUAGCUUGUUGUGUCCCGAAUCACGACUAUUUACCCCUCUCUACCGCAUUCGAUUUGGCGUGACCUCACCGACAUUUCUUGCACACGAUGGCCGUGCAAGGUGGAGGAGCGGAGGAGGAUGUGUACGCCACUCUUCUCUUAAGCGAUACAUAUUUGCCUGGUGCCCUCGUGCUUGCGCACUCCCUACGAGAUGCCGGUACUACUAAGAAACUGGCAGUCCUGGUCACCUUGGACACUGUAUCGGCUGAAGUCAUAACCGAACUCAAGAAUGUGUAUGACCACGUCAUUCCAGUUAGCCGAAUAACCAACUCUCAACCCUCCAACCUACAAUUGAUGAACCGAGCCGAUUUGCACUCCGCGUUCACCAAGAUCACCCUUUGGAAACAAACCCAGUUCCGAAAGAUUGUCUACAUAGACAGCGAUGUGGUUGCCUAUGAAGCUCCGGACGAGCUCUUUGAUAUUACCCACCCCUUCUCGGCAGCUCCCGAUAUUGGAUGGCCGGAUCUCUUCAAUACGGGUGUUAUGGUUCUGACUCCGAACGAGACCGACUACCAAGCUAUGGCGGCAAUGUCGGAGCAGAACAUUUCGUUCGACGGCGCCGAUCAGGGUCUUAUUAACAUGCACUUCGGCAGUAACUAUAACCGUCUUAGCUUUGCCUAUAACGUCACUCCUUCUGGCCAUUACCAGUAUGUUCCCGCUUACCGCCAUUUCCAGUCCAAUAUCAAAAUGGUUCACUUCAUCGGCCCCGAAAAGCCGUGGUUCAGGGGAAGACGUGCCAGCACCGGCAGUUCGCCCUUUGAGGAAAUGGUUGGUAAAUGGUGGGCUGUUUACGAUAAACAUUACGGAGGGACUAAUGCGACAACGACAUCGAUUAUUGGUUCUAACGCAACCAAAUCUGGGUCGGAAUUGGUGCAAUAUUUUACCACAGGAGAAUAUCAGUACCGUCACCAUGGUGCAAGCACCAUAACCCCGUCUUCUCAUGCCAACGUUGGGCAGACGGCAUCAUUCCGCUCUGCACAGGGGUCUCAUAAUGGGUACGAUCAUCCGAAGGGGUUUGUUCCAUUCUUUGAUCCAGAUCUACCAAAGCCUAUAUUCCCCUGGGAAGCUCAUCGAGAGCGGCCAUCUCGCGUAUUUGCCGAUGAUUACCCCAGUCGCAGAGAGUCCAUAGCUAGUAUUCCAGACACCCCCACGAUCGUGCCCUCAAUCGCGGAUUUGGCAGAAAGGAGCGAGCCGCCCACACCAACUAUGCAAGCUCUGCAAGCCAUGUCCGGUGACACGUGGUCCUCGUUUACACUGACUAAUGCUUGGGACGAGAUACCUGAGAUUGAGCGCUAUGCCGAGAAGUUCCAGCAACAUCGGCGUAAACGAAGCACUAAAUCUCCGGGUCCUCCAGCGUUACCUUCUGAUGAUGCUGACAUCCCCCAUCGUCGGCGACAGGGCAGCAAGGUUACCGACUUCCCUAGUGAAACAGAGCGUCCUAGCCUACCAGUCACACCGGCACCCAUCCACCCCGGCGUCGGUUCUCAUAACCCGCUGCUGCCGGCCGCAGACAACGUGCCGGGGCAGGCUGAAUGGGUAUGUUCGCACGGAAGACGUUGGGCUCCUGCAGACUGCCUUUGCGACGUGACUAACAUACUACACUAUCACAAGGAUCCUGUGGUCCAACUUCAGAAAUUGGCUAAGCAGCAGUCUGAGGUAUUGCUGCGAAAGCUCGGAAGUGGUGAUCCCGAUAGCAGUGAUUUGCCUUCUAGGCUCCUGCCUUUCGGCUCCGACUUGCAGGCCUAUGUUGCGCAAACUUCCAAUGUCUUUAGUCCACAGCCGCUGAAAGGCGACAUCCGCUCAGCUGGAGUUUACGACAUUGAUUCCAACCUGGAGCCGACUCCUAGCGUAGCUUCAACUGUGGUAGGAGACAUGCUGGAACCCAGCUAUACAGGCCCUGGGCCUGCAUUUGAGAAGGGCGAGAUCAUAUUUACCGAAGACAUACCCACCCCACGAACCACCACACCUCAACCCAGCGAAGCAGCGAGGGCCCCAGCCAUACCUGAACCAAGCUAUGCUGGUCCUGGUCCUGUGUUUGAGAAGGGUGAAAUAGUCUCCGCGGGGGAGUAAGUUCAGCGAGCUAUGGUUUGGUAGACUUUGAAAUCUGGUCCAACUUGAUAGGGCGAGAUCUCAUCCUUGCUGGUGAAUAUGAAAAAGGAGAGCUGGACAGUGCCCGUUUAGGGAUGGCUAUGGAUAUUGUUGGUGGGUUACAGGCUUAGGGGCUGUUCGGCGUUUGUGGAAGAAUGGCCCAGUUAUGCGAUGGACGACCGUAAAGGGGUUUAUGACACAGAACCCAUACGACAUUACUUUUCUUACUUUCGAACUGGAUACCGAACCGGAGUGGAGGCAGACAACAGUUAUGAUUUUUACUUCUACGAUGAUGAUUUCCGGCUCAACAGGCUGGGUCCGUCUUGUUUAUGCCGGGGUCUGUAAAGCCCCAUUUCCUAUCCCUUCAUAUUUGAGACUUGCCUAUCCAUUUUGGAAGAUUCUCAUUUCAUUUGUUUUCUCGUCCCCCACGUCCUUUUGCACAGAAUACUACAUUUGCAUCAAUACCACGUAACAAAAAGCUAGUGAAUAUUUGUCGCGCGUAUUGUAGCAUACUUGCAUAGCAUAGGGCUAGCGCGGAGCGAGCAUCGUUUCUUUUCUAUUUUAAUAAUUGGAGGACUCGAACAGCACACGAGAGAUUUGGGAUGAGGAUGUAUAUAUGGUAUAUAAUCACAUAUUUCUAUGAUUGAGGA